UUAUCAUUCAACACAACUUGAAGAAGAAACAUGUUCAAGUCAAUUGCUAUCCUAUCUGUUGCCUGCUUGACUGUUUUUGCUCAUGAGGAACACCAUACACCAGCCCAUUACAAAUUCGACUAUGGAGUACAUGAUCCUCAUACUCAUGACGUGAAAUCUCAAUGGGAACAUAGAGAUGGAGACCAUGUGAAAGGAGCCUACACCUUGAAAGAAGCCGAUGGUACCACUAGGUUAGUGGAAUAUAGUGCUGGACCUCAUUCUGGAUUUAACGCUGUUGUGAAGAGAAUAGGUCAUGCUCAUCAUCCAGCUCAUUAUGGUCAUCAUGGUGGUGCCCAUCAAAGUGGACAUGGAGGAGACAGCUUUGUUGGAGUAACACAUUGGGGUUAUUAA